AUGAAAUACCUUUCACUCAUAAUUUUUGAAUAUUUGAAAAGCAAAUACUAAAAUGUGACAACCAAGUAGAUUAAGUACAAAUACCAUGUAAAUAAGAGUACAUAUCACAGUUAGAAAUGGAACAAGGGGAAUGUAUUAACAUGCUCAAUAAAAGUGACAACAAAGUAAAAAGUACAUUGAUCAAUUUUACAAUCCUGAGCCUAUUUUUCAAGUAAUUUGAGAGAAUUGGUGUUGUUAUUUAUUUCAUAGUUAUGAUUCUUCAUUAUGCAGUUUUUGGAGCAACCGAAGAAGAUCUUGUUGUUUAUGUAGUACCUCUAACCAUGCACUUUGUCUUAUAAAUAUCAAAAGCACUAUAUUUUGAUUAUAUAAAGAGAACAUAAGAUGAUAUAGUUAAUAAUAGAAGAGUAACACGCUUUCGUAAACUUAGAAAAGAAAAACCAAAAUACCUUGUAACAUAAUAAUAACAGCAGUAAUCUUCAUUUAAAAAACCCAAAAUAUCAUUAUAUGAAAAUUGUUUUUGGGGAUGUGUUGAAUAAGGAGAUGUUAUAUAUUUAAAGCGUAAUGAAGUAUGUCCAGCUGAUAUGCUUUUAAUUGAUGUUUCAGAUGAGAUUCUAUAAGUACAAACAUAGAAUUUUUAAGGAGUAACAUUAGAUUAAACAAGAUAACCAACAUAAUUAACUAUGUUAAAAAAUGGGAGAAAUAGAAUACAAGGAUUUGAUUACAAGAAGUUACUGACUGGAUCAAUUUAAUAUAAUAUUACUGAAUCAUAAAUAAAUGGAUUUAUAAAAUUAAAAAAGGAUCCUAAAGGGGAAUAUUUUGAUAAUAAAAACAUUAUUUUUAGAGAAGAACAAAUAAGAACUUGUUAAUAUGUAAUUGGAAUAGUAUUAUAAACAGGAAAUAAUUGUUUUUGUUAUUUAAACAUGAAGAAAUCUGAAAAGAAAUCAUUUUUUGUUUAAAAGUCUAGUAUGUUUUUUGCCUUAACUCUUGGAAUUUCUUUAAUAGUUUCUAUGAUUAGUUGGUUUUUAGCAUCAUUUGCUGCUUGUUUACCAUAUAAUUAAGCUGAUUUCAAUACUCCUACUCUAAUAUUUUAUCUAUUAUAAUAUUUAAAAACAACUCCAAUAUAUUUUUAUAAUUGUAUAGAUUUAAUAGAAGUUAUAAAUGCACACAUAAAAUAUACAAAAUAUACAGGUUAUAAGAGUACUAAUAUAGAUUAUUUACAACUUAAUCCUGUGUCUGUAGGAGAUAUGGUAAUGACUGAAUUUGUAUGUUUUGAUAAGACAGGUACAAUUACUAAUGGAGAAUAGAGAAUUCAUGCUAUUAUAGUUGAAGACACUAUGUAUAAAUUUAAUCAUAAUAAUAUGAUAAAGAAUCAGUGGAAUACAUUUAAAGAUCAUUUAUAAAAUUAAAUAAAAAAUGAUCCAAAUUUUUAAAUUGAAGAAAUAGAUGAAUAAGAUAUAGAUGUACAAUCAAAGAAAGUUAGACAUACAGGAAUAUUUAAAUUAACAUUAUAACAUUGGAAUUCUAAAAAGAUGUCUAGCUGUGAUUUUAAUAAAUAAGAAUUAGCAUCAAGUAGAAGUAUAGCAAAUCCAUUAGAUGAUGUAGAUGUAGAAAUAGAAAAUAUGAGAAUAGAAGAUUUUGAUGAUACUCAUUAUAAAGUAACACCUGAAUUGUGUAAUACAAAACCAAAACCUUUUUUUAAUAAAAAACCUAUAGUAACAGCACCUGUAUAAAUGGUUAGUGUAAGUUAAGGAGGAUUAAGUUAAUCUUAAGAAGAGGAAUUAUUAAUUAAAUAACAAUCUUGUAAGGAAGAACAGAGAUCUUUUGAUAAUAAUAGAUCAAUGAGAAGUAAGAAAUUUUUAGAACAUUCUUAAUCUGAUAUGAAAAGAUAAUAUAGUGCAAAAAGAUCAUUUUAAUUGGACAAAGCAAUAGAAGAGGAAGUUGAAAUAAUUUAUCAUGGAGAAAAUGAAUUUUAUAAGUAUCUUAUUCAUGGAUAGAAUAAAUUAUUAUAUUAGGAAUCUUUAUUAUCUCUUUUACUUUGUUAAGAAAUAGUAUCUAGAUAUUCUCCAAGUGAAGAUUAAUUUAUGCAUGAUUCAUCAUCAUAUUCAUUUGAUUAAGAAGUAUUGAGAUUUGUAGGUCUACUAGAUAUAAAGUUUUUAUGUUGUAAUGAAUAUAAUGGGAAAGUUGUAUAUAUUGUAGAUUUUUUUGGAGAAGUAAUGGAAUUUUAAGUUAUGGCAAUAUAUCAUAAUGGAAAUAAUCAAUUAGGAAUAUUAUUACUUUAUCCAGAUAAAUUAUAAGAGAAAUUUAUGUUAAUUAAUGAACAUGAUCCUAUGGAAAGCCUUUAAUAUAUAUUUAUAAUGAGAGAAGAAACAAAUUAAUUGCCUGUAAAUAUUGAUGUAGAUAAAUCCAGUAGAGAAUAUUGGGAUAAAGUAUUUUUAAAGUUACAUAUGAGUGGAAUGAGAUCAGUCAUCUAUUCAAAAGUUUAUUUAAAAGAGAAAGAUGCUAGUAUUUUUAUGUCAAGAUUUUAAGGUGAAGAAGGUAUGUAAGCAUUUCAAUCAAUUUCAAAAGAUAUGUAAAUUGUACAAGUCAUUGGUGUCAAAGAAUAAAUUAGAAAAGAUACUAAAAUGUUAAUAAAUUAAAUGAAAUCUGCUGAACUUAGUUUAUAUCUUUUAAGUGGAGAUGAAUUAACAAGAGUCUUACCAAUUGCAUUUAAAUCUAAAAUACUUAAUCAAUAUGAUACUCUAUUAUAUUUAGAUAAUGAUAAUGCUAGAGUAGUUAUGAAAAAUCAUUUGACUAUUCUUUCAUAAUCCUUAAAAUUAGAAGAAUCUUGGGGUUCAAAACCAAUGAGAAUGAGUACUCUUGAUAGACAUCAUAGAACAUUAACUAUGGAAGAAAAAUAAGCAACUUAUCCAGAAGUUAAAUCUUAUAGUAUCAUAUUGAGUGGAGAAUAUUUCAAUACUAUUUUAUAGGAUAGUUAUUUAUUGAGUCAUUUCUAAUUUCUUCUUUAUUUUAGCAACUCUUUAAUUGCUUAUAAAAUGGAUUAAAAAUAAAAGGCUACUAUAAUUUAAAUCAUAUAGACUUAAUUUAUAGGUAAUAAAAGAGUUUUAGCUGUUGGUGAUUCAUAUAAUGAUAAUUAUAUGUUUUGUUAAUCAAAUAUAGGAAUAUAAUAUUGUCAUUAUCCAAUUUAAAUUCAAUAAUAUUAAAGAGGAAGUACUAAAUUAAAACUAAAUCGUAAAGUUACUUCAAAUAAAUCAUUAGAUAAUCCUUUAAAUAGAAAAUUUAUAUAAAAUGAAAUGUGGGUUAUUCCUACAUCAGAUAUUUGCCUAAAAGAUUAUCUAGAUUUAAGUGGUUUAAUGUUCUUUGAAAGUAGAAUUUUUGCUGAAGUUUAUGAUGAUUUAUUAGUCUUUUCUUUUUAUAGAUCCUUACUUAUAAUUUACAUUUUAUUUUUUUUAUAUGCAACCUAUUGUAGUUAGAAUUAAACUAUAUUUACUGGGGCUUGGUUGACUGUUUAUUAGAGUAUUUUACUAUUCAUUUAAUAAAUAGUGAGUCUAAAAUCAAAAUUAGAUAGAUAAUAUGAUAAGGAUUCAAUUACUUAUAUUGAAUAAUUCAAACAUAAUAUCAAAAUUUUCAAAAAAAAGAAAGUUUUGUCAUUUAUUUUAAAAAUAAAUGGAAAUGCUAUGUUAGAUGCUGCAUUAUUCUAUUAAUCAUUAUAAAUUAUAGAUGACAUUUAAUUUGAAACCUUUAAAUAAAUGGUAUUAAUAUUAUUGAUCUUAAGUGAUAUUGUAAAAUUAGUAGUAUCUACAAAUUAUACCAAAUAUACUUGGAUAACUUUUAUUACUACUUAUUUAAUAUGUUGGUUAAUGACUUCAAUUUUAUCUGCUUAUUUUUAAAAUAUGGAAAGUUUUUUAGAAUUGUUUACUGUAUCUUCUACAUGGUUGGCUUUCAUAUUUUAUGGUUUUACUUAAUUUUGUUUAAGUAGUAUAAUUGAAUAUAUUGAACCAUUAUUUUGUUCAUCUCUUAUUGAUAAGAGUUAAUUUGAAGAAGUAUAGAAUUAUUUAUUAAAAUCUUAAAAAAAUGGAGCAAAGAGAUAUCACAAUCUUAUAAAAAGAUUUGCAUAAUUGGCUGGUAAAGUAUUUAAGAAGAAUAAAGAUGAAAUGGAUAUAUCUAUUUAAGAUAUUAUAUGUGAAUUAAAAGUUAAUUAAGAUAGAAUUAAUAAAUUUACAUUGAGAUUUUUAAAUAAAGAUACAGAAAUGAAAUUUAAAAGAUUAUCAAAAUUAAUUUGGAUUAAAUUUGAAAGAAUUAAAUUAGGAUUAUCUCUAAUAUUUUUAGAAGUAUUUGCUUUAAUGAUUUAUUCAUUAACAUAUGAACAUGAAAUUCAAUCAUAAACAUAUUUUAUAAUUUAUAUUCUAAGUAUAAGCAGUUAAGUAAUAAUACAAUUAAUAAUCUGUUCAGGAAUUUAUUUGAAACAUUUUUUUUAAAUAAAUCUAAUUAUUGCAAGUAUUAGAUUGCUUACAAAAAUGAUUUCAGAUUUUGAAUAAUAAGGAACUUAUAAUAUCCUAUUAAGUUAAUGUUAUAUAUUAAUUAUUAUAUUUUCAAGAUUACAUAUUCCAUUAUUAAAUUUUAUUAUAGCUACUUUGUCUAUUGUAGGAUUUAUAAGAAAGUUUAGUUUAGGAACUGAUUACUAUAAUAUUAUUAAUGGUGAUUUAAUUGUUUUAGUUACAUUGAUAUUAUUUAUAUCUUUACAAUAUAAAUUACAUAUGAUGGAGAAGUAAGAUUUUUUAUUGGCAGCUACUCUUAAUUAAGAAACAACUUCUAUGACUAAUGUAUUAUCAAUUUUAUUACCUAAAUUUAUAAGAGAUAGAAUUAAUGCAAGUAUUUUUAUAAUUAUAUUUUAAUUAUAGAGGGAGUAUUUGAAAUAUAGGAAAAUUAGGGUGAAGUUUCAAUUUUAUUUUGUGAUAUCUGUGGAUUUGAUGAUUUGAUUGCUGUAGAAAAAGAAAAUAUUGUUAAUUUAUUAGAUAGUUUAUUUAGAGGAUUUGAUGGUUUAUGUGUAUCAAAUGGUAUGUAAAAAAUAGAAACUGUUGGUAAAACAUUUAUGGCAGCUGGAGGUUUAAAAGCUGUUGAUUAAGGAACUAAAUUCAUUAAUCAAAGUGCAGUAAAGAGAGUAUAAAUAUAUAUAUAUAUAAUAAUAUAGGCUGUUUAAUUAUCAUUAGAAAUGAUGGAAUAUGCCAAAAAAUUUAAAUUUGGAUAAUCUGGAAAUGUUAAAAUUAAAAUUGGAGUUCAUUAUGGUCGUGUUAUUGCUGGUGUGAUAGGUCAUCAUAAACCGUAAUUUUCAUUAAUAGGUGAUACUGUCAAUACAACAAGUAGAGUAUGUUCUACUGGUUAAGAUGGAGAAAUCACUCUAUCUAAUGAAGCUUAUAUGGAACUUAAUAUGCCAGAUCUUUAAUUUAACUAACUUAAAGUAAAUGCAAAAGGAAAAGGAGAAUUGAUUACUUGGUAAAUUGUAACCUCCAUCAAACGUAAUACUGAUAAAAAAGUAAGAAAAAAGAAAGGACUUGUUCCAAAAUUUGAUUCUUCUUAAUCAGAUUUACCAACAUUAACUAAAUUAGAUCCUGUCACUCCUAAAACUGAUUUAAGAUAAUUAAAAGUUCCUUAAUAAAUUAAAUAAUUUGAUAUAUAUCCUAGAGAGUCAAAUGGAAAAAUUGAAAAAGAAUAAAAUUUAGAGAAUAAUACAACUAGUUUUAGUUUACUUAAAGAUUCUUUGUAAUCUAAAGACAUUUAACCUUUAAGAAAAAGAGGUUAAAGAGGUCCUACAUUAAUUAUGAAGGCUUAAGAUGGAUAAAAAAUUGCAGGUGCCUUAUAAUUAUAGCACUCUGGUAGUCAAAACAAUAUAUAAAAUUAAAGUAACAGAAAUUUGCCUCCAAUUGUUGUUUAUUAAGCUGAAGAGAGUAUUCAUUCUAAUAAUUUAAAAGAUGAAUCAUUUUUUGAGAAAAAUUAAACAAACCUUUUACAUGAUUUAUCUUAAAAAUUAAGAAGGGAUUUGUAUAUAGAAAUAUUAGAUGAAGCACCUGAUUAUGAAAUUGAAUUAGAGAAAAUAUAAUUUGAUGAAGAUGAAUAAUUUAAAAGUGAAGAUUUACAAUUAGAAAGGAGUAAAUUUUAUCUUGAUUUUAAAAAUAGUUAAAAAGAAUUAGCUUAAGAAUUUAUGGAUUAAAAAGAAGGUAUUAAUAUAAUAUUUAUGCUUUCUCUACAUUUCAUAUAAUUUAUAUCAAAAACAAUUACACUUUUGUAUUUAUAAGAUUAAUAGAAUUGGGUUGCAGUUUUUGUAAUUCGUUUUAUAGCAUCAAUCUUAUUACUGAUCUUAGCCAUAUUAUAAAACAAAAAAUUAAAGCAUAGAUUUUACAAAUAUUAAUACUUUUUAAUAACUUACUUUGGCAUAUUAAUUAGUAUUCUUAUAGAAUUUAUUCUAAUGCCUGAAAAAUCAGUAGAAUUAUAAGCAGCAGAAGGUAUUUUGUUAAUUUGUUUCUUUUGUUCACUUUCUAUUAUUAAAAUUAAAUAUAAGGUGUAUUUUAAUCUCUGCCUCUUUAUUGCAUAAUUAUUGAUUGUUUUGAUUCAUUAUAAAGACUUUGCAAUUGCUUAUUAUACUAUUUUUUAAAGUUGUAUGACAUUUAUUGUUUAAUAUCAUUUAUUUUUUUAAGAUUUAGGUACAUUCAAUAAUAAAAGAUCAUUAGAAUUAAAAAAAUUAUAAACUUAAAAUCUAGUUAAGUAUUUAUUACCUACACAUAUAUUAAAAUAAUUCUUAUCCAAUAGUAAUUAAAGAAUGGUUCUUGUAGAUUAAUUUGAAGAGGCUACUUUAUUAUUUGCAGAUAUAGCUGGUUUUACUGAAUAUUCAAGUAGAGUAGAACCAGAAUAGGUAGUGAAUAUGUUGAGGAAUUUGUUUACUGAAUUUGACAAAAUAUGUUUAACUCAAAAUGCUUAUAAAUUAUAUACAAUAGGAGAUUGUUAUGUUGCAUUUGGUAUUGUGGAUGUUACAUAAAGAAAUCCAGCUUAAGAAGCAAAAAAUGUUAUUGAAUUAGGAUUUAAAAUGAUUGAAAUAAUUAGAUAAGUGAGAUCAAUAAUUGGUUUUGAUGGAUUAGACAUGAGGAUUGGAAUACAUACAGUAAUUAUUUUAUUAUAUAUUUUAGGGUAAAGUAAUAGGAGGAAUCUUAGGAACAGAAAUUGUAAGAUAUGAUGUCUAUGGAGCUGAUGUUAUGAUUUCUAAUAAAAUGGAAUCUAAUGGAGAAAGAGGAAAAGUCUAAGUAUCUGAAGAAACUAAGUAAUUACUAGAGCAAUCAUAUCCAGAUCAAUUUUUAUUUACAUUCAAUAAAGAAGUAGAAUUCAAAUCAAUUAGUCGAAAAACUAAAGGAUAUUUUAUAGACCCAGUCAAAAAUGAUAGCAAUGAAGAUUUUGAUGAUAUGAAUCACUUUUAAUUUGUUAAAGAUUUAGAACACUAUGAAAAUAAUGGAUAAAAAUGA